AUGACUUCGGUAUUUCUAUUACCGAGCAUUUUCAUUGUGCUGUUAUAUGCAGCGCCAUCAUUGGCUGGUGGCUCUAGUGGAGUUGAGCUAACGCACAUGCCCGAUGUACCAAAGCCGGAUAAUGUUAUUGUUGCUAAAAACAGUGAUCUCAAAUCAAAAACAGAUAAUGAUGACGAGGAUGAAGAUGAUGAUGAAGACUUCUACACAUUCGGUGAUGAAGAUGAUGCUAAACAAGAUUCAUACUUCACUAAAAUCGAUCUCUCUCACGAGCAUGACAGAUUCAUGGAUGCUCUUGACCGUCUGGAGAAGAAAUACAGAUCUAAGAUAGAUAAGGUCAUGAAAGAGUGGUAUGAAUUGAAAGGCAGAUACACCACAAUGAAAGACAAAGAUCCUAAACAAGCUGAAAAGAUGAAAUCCGAAAUGAAUGUUCGUUUCCAAUCGACUGUCAACAGCUUAGAAGAGGAACACAAGAAAGCGAGACAUGAAAUUCGUACCGUUCACGAUGAAAGAGUAUCUUCUGCCCUCAAUGAGAAAAAGAGAAUUGCAACUCAUGAAUACCGUAGAGCGUUGGUCAACCAAGUAAUGAGACCAAACAGAAUCGAAGUUCUGAAAGCUUUAAAGAAGUACAUCCGAGCAGAAGAGAAAGAUCGUCUUCAUCAACUCAACAAGUACAGACAUCUCCUCAACGGAGCUCCAGACGAGGCCAAAGAGUUCAAGCCAAGUCUCUUACACAAACUUCAUGAAAUCGAUUUACGUAUCAACGCUACUCUUUCAAUGCUCCGUGAUUUCCCGGAUAUUGAACAGCAAAUUCAAGCCAUCAUCAUGGGGUAUUGGAAAGAUUUCCGACAUGAGAACACACCCAGCAUUGAUGAUAUCGAAAUCAAUCAGACCAACAGUUUGGAUGCUGAUGCUAAGAACAAGAAGUUGAUCGAUGUUUAUACCGAAACUUAUCGUAAAGAGCACAAUCUGAAAACUGUAACCACCACCACCACCACCACAGCAGCUCCCAAAGUACAAGCUGACAAAGAAAAAGCUCUUGAUUUGGAUAAGGAUUCAGAAGAAGACAGCGAUGACUAUUACGAAGACGAAGCCGACGAAGAAGUCGAGAAAGUGAAAAUUCAGAUAAAACCAGCAGUCACAAAAGUAGAUGAACGUCCUGAAGAUAGAGUAGUAGAAGUUCAUCGUAAGUUCACAGAGUUGAAACCUAUCGUGACAACUUCAGAAGAAAGCGAAAGUGAAAGCACUGAGGAAGAUCAGAGCGACGAAAUCGUAGAGAAGGAAAUCAGAGUUAACAUCGAACCUAUCAUAACUGAGACAGAAUACAGCGCCAACAUCAGAGAAAGCUUAAUGAAUGAUAUCAAGAAAAGAGCUGUCGAUAGCCAAGUCGCUUUAUCUCAAUUGUUAUUCUUAUUUGGUUCUAUUCUUUGUUUGGCUCUCAUUGGAUUAACUAUCCUUAAGAGAAGAAAUGCUCGUCACGGUUUCGUUGAGGUUGAUGUAUACACAUCAGAAGAACGUCAUUUAGCUGGAAUGCAAGUUAAUGGAUACGAAAACCCUACUUAUUCCUUUUUCGAUUCGAAAAACUAA